ACAACACGUGUUUCCUCUUCAGCCUGCUGCCCGAGAGAGAGCAUCCUGUAAAUAAAGAGCACUGAGCCGGCGAAAGGUCUUUUAAAAACAAUGGUUCGUAAAUUAAAGCACCAUGAACAGAAGUUGUUGAAGAAGGUUGACUUCAUCAACUGGGAGGUGGACAACAACCUGCACGAAGUCAAAGUGUUGCGGAAGUACCGCAUCGAGAAGAGGGAGGACUACACCAAGUACAACAAGCUGAGUCGUAACAUCAGGGAUCUCGCCCAGAAAAUCCGGGACCUGGAUGAGAAAGAUGGCUUCAGAGCUCAGAGCACACAUCAACUUCUGGAAAAAUUGUACAGUAUUGGUCUCUUGCCCACCAGACAGAAUCUGUCCCUCACAGAUAAAGUCACAGCUUCUUCAUUCUGCAGGAGGAGGCUGCCGAGCAUAAUGCUGAACCUCCGUAUGGCUCAGAACCUGAAGAACGCCACCACCUUCAUCGAACAAGGACAUGUGCGUGUUGGCCCAGACAUCGUCACAGACCCAGCAUUUCUCGUCACAAGAAAUAUGGAAGAUUUCGUCACUUGGGUGGACUCCUCCAAAAUCAAGCAGCAUGUCAUGAAUUAUAAUGAUGAGAGGGACGACUUUGAUAUGGUGGCAUAAGUCUGUUGUCUGUCAUCCAUUCAUCACCCUGGAGGACCGGAAAGGGACACACACUCUGCUCCUGUAACUUUGGCGUGAUUAACUCUACAAGAAGAUGGACCAAGUGUGCGCACAUCCAGUCAAGGAGUGUAUGUCCUUUUGAAGCCCGACAGUGUGAAUAACUCAUGGAGGCAACCGUUCACAUCUUCUAUCAACUGGGAAACUGUGAGAAGAAAAUAAGUUUCAAUAACUGAAGUUUCAUCUGAGCAAGGGCAGAAGAAACGUACUUCCAGGCUUUACUAUGUGCAACAAACACUUCUUGUUUGAUGACUGGAAAUGAACAACUAAAACUUGAUCUAUUAACCAUCAAAAUAUGUGGAUUCAUCUGAGACUGUAUUAAUGCCUGACAUUAUCAGCGAUACAUAUUCUUAGUUGUUUUCUCCCCCUGAUGUAUCAAUGUUAACUUGACCGUUGUCAGUCAUCACCCUGUGUACAGAGCAGCUUUUAGUGUUGUGUAGGUGACGAUCAUCUGCACCCCCACAUUUUUUGCUUUCCAUAUGUUCUUUGUUGGAACAUGAGCUGGCUUCACAUGAUAUGUAUGUAUGUAUGUAUGUAUGUGAUCAUGGAGAUGCUGGUUUAAAGGUGUGUGUGUGUAUAUAAAAUGAAGAGGACUGUCGCUGUCUGUUCAUGAUAUUAACAUAGCUUGUGUCAUAAAUACAGCUGUAAAAUAGAAAGUACAAUUUGUUAAAUAUUUAAUAGUUUCAAAAAGACUAUGUUACAAAUGUAAACUUUGAACAAUAAACAUGUUAUCACAG